UGAAGAAAUGCGGUUCUUUUUAGAAUUUCUUUUAAUAUUUUUUGUAUUCCUUUUAACUGUUUUAGAAUAUAGUGAGGGACGAUGCACAGCGAAAUACAAGACUAGUUAUACUUGUAACAAGCCUCAACAGAGAAAAAAGACUCACUACUAUUCAUGUGGUAGUUGGUGGCGGCGGAGAAGAUGUCAGAGACAUGUGACCUACUUCAACAAAUAUGUCAAGAGUACUUGCUACAAAUAUCAAUCUUGUCCAAGCCACUAUGGUUGGAGUGGUUGGGGAUCAUGGGGAAGCUGGGGUAGUUGUCCAUACCCCAGUUCUAAUCCAUACCGGAAAAGAUAUAGAUACAACAAAUGUGGCUCUUCCAGUAGCAACUGUUGUAGAUGUGGAUCCUACGGACGUCAGAUUUCAACGUCUUCAUCCCAGAAAUGCACUCAUGGCUCAUGGAGUGCGUGGGGAUCUUGGAAAAAAUAUGGUAGUUGUUCUUCAUCAUGUAGGAAAUGUGGGUCAUCCCAGUAUCCACAGCAGAAAUACUAUAAAUACCGAACUUGUACAAGACCACGUCCUAGUAAUGGAGGACGUUCCUGCAGUGGAUCUGCUUAUGGAUACACAUUUUCUAAUUGCAAUACCCAUUCUUGUAAAGUAAAUGGUGGUUGGAGUAAAUGGUAUUAUGGAAAUUGGGGAAGUUGUUCAGCAUCUUGCAAAAAAUGUGGUUCUAAAACUAACCCAACACAAUCCCAACGUCGGUACAGAUACUGUAACAAUCCAUCUCCAGCAUGUGGCGGAAGGUCAUGUCAUGGAUCUUCUAGUUACUAUUCAUCCAAAUCCUGUAACAAACAUUAUUGCAAAGGCAAGUUUUCACAUCAAGUUAAAACUUAACAGUCUUUUAAAAUAAGUCUUAAAUGAUUGAAUUUGAUUAUUACCCCUCCCCCUUUCAAAAAAACAAACAAAUCCUAAACAAAACAAAACGGGAAAAAAUAAACCACCCACUAAAAAAAAAACAACAAAAAACAAAAAACCGAAAAAAACCAACCCUAAAAGAAAGCAAAAAAAUAGAAAAAACAAAAAACAAAAAAAAAACAACACAAAAAUUAAGAUUAUUUGUGUUUUUUGUCUUCCUUAAACUUUGGUCUAAAGGAUACUCAAUAAAUGCUAGGAGAAACACAUACAGCACACAUAAAUCAGUGUCAUUUGUUAAUCCUAUAAUCACACAUACAAAUAUACACUAUGUUAGAUAUUUUUUUACAGUUAAUGGUGGAUGGAGUAGUUGGUAUUCCUCGGGAAGUUGGAACAGAUGUUCUGCAUCAUGUAGAACAUGUGGGUCAUCUGUUAUACCACUACAAAGUCUGAAACGCAGGCGAUCUUGUACCAAACCAUCACCAGGCUGUGGUGGAAAGACCUGUCACGGUUCAUCUUAUAAAACAACAUCUCGCUAUUGCAAUACUUCCUACUGCAAAGUAAACGGUGGUUGGAGUAGUUGGAAACCCUGGGGAAGCUGGGGAAAAUGUUCUGCGGAAUGUAAAACAUGUGGAUCGAAUUCAAAGCCUUACAAGACUAGGCGUCGAUACAGAGUUUGCAACAACCCGACACCUGCAUGUAACGGGAAUGCAUGCCCUGGUUCAAGGUAUAUCACAUCAUCAACGACAUGUAAUACACAUUACUGUAAGGUAAAUGGUGGUUGGAGUAAAUGGUAUUAUGGAAAUUGGGGAAGUUGUUCAGCAUCAUGCAAAAAAUGUGGUUCUAAUACUAACCCAACACAAUCCCAACGUCGGUACAGAUACUGUAACAAUCCAUCUCGUGCAUGUGGCGGAAGGUCAUGUCGUGGAUCUUCAAGUCACUAUUCAUUCAAAUCAUGUAACACACAUUAUUGCAAAGGCAAGUUUGCACAUCAAGUUAAAACAUACAGUCUUUUGUCUUUGAAUAUAAGUCUUAAAUGACUAAAUUUCAUAAUUACCCCCUCCCCCACCCUAAAAAACACAACAUUAACAACAAAACAAAACAAAAAAGGGGGGGGGGGAGCCCCCUUAAAAAGAACAAUAAAAAAAAAAAAAAAAAACAACCCUAAAAGAAAACAAAAAAUAUACAAAAAAAAAAAAAAAAAAAAAACCACAAAAAAUUUAGAUUAUUUGGGUUUUUGUGUUCUCUUAACGUUUGGUUUAAAGGAUACUCAAUAAAUGUUAUAAAAACACAUAAG